GGCAGACGCGCUCUCGGGCGGCCCUGGCCGGGGAAGAGGAGUCGCAUGUGUCGCUUCUGCUGGCGGUAGUGGCGGGAGCGGCGGCGGCGGGGCUGUGCGACCGCUCGGGUUUGUGAGAUGGCUGCUGACAUAUCUGAAUCCGGUGGGCAUGAUUGCAAAGGAGACUUGAGGAGCAAUAUCAAAUUAGAUGCGGAUUACCCACUUCGAGUCCUUUACUGUGGAGUCUGUUCAUUACCAACAGAGUACUGUGAAUAUAUGCCUGAUGUUGCUAAAUGUAGACAAUGGUUAGAGAAGAAUUUUCCAAAUGAGUUCGCAAAGCUUACCGUAGAAAAUUCACCCAGACAAGAAGCUGGAAUUAGUGAGGGUCAAGGAACAGCAGGGGAAGAGGAAGAGAAGAAAAAACAGAAGAGAGGUGGAAGGGGUCAAAUAAAACAAAAAAAGAAGACUGUACCACAAAAGGUUACGAUAGCCAAAAUUCCCAGAGCGAAGAAGAAAUACGUAACGAGAGUGUGUGGCCUUGCAACUUUUGAAAUUGAUCUUAAAGAAGCACAAAGAUUUUUUGCUCAGAAAUUCUCCUGUGGUGCCUCAGUAACAGGGGAGGAUGAGAUCAUCAUUCAGGGAGAUUUUACAGAUGACAUCAUUGACGUCAUUCAGGAAAAAUGGCCAGAGGUGGAUGAUGAUAGCAUUGAAGAUCUUGGCGAAGUGAAGAAAUGAUACUGAAAAUUUGUCUGUAUUUAAUGAUCUGAACUGAGAGUUGAUAAUGGCCGAAGGGAGAGAGGCCUUUUAGAAUAUAUAUUUAUCCUACAGUAAAACUGUGGACUACCCUCCCCCGUGGCAUUUCCCUGUUCUGUACAAGGCUGCUUGUUUUUUUUAUUGCCAAAGUCUAAUAAAACAGGGGAGACUGUCAUGCUUAUGCAUGAGAUAGAAUUUAGUCAAAUAAAAAAUUUUGGUCAUUUGGUACUGACUUCUCUUUUUAACUUUUUAUUUUUGGAAAAACACUGUAGACUUUUUGUGGAAAGCUUUCCUUUUGAUUAUUUUAAAAUAAUCGUGAUUCAUUCAAAUCACGAUUAAGCUGAGUGAUAUUUAAAGAAUUUGGAUUUGGCUUCAGCAUCAGUAAUAACUGUCUCCUUGCUGCCUUGGUGUGGUAGUUUUGAGAUGCUUGAGCAUCUUAUAGGUUUGUGGUUCAAUUUGCUUCAAUGUUACCAACCAAGUCCACUUUGUGGACUCAAUAACAUCCUCCUGGUAGGAGUUGCUCAGCUGUUCUGGAAAUUGUUUGGUAAAGUAUAUUAAAAGCCUUAAACCAUCUGCACUGUUUGACCCAGUAAGCCACUUCUUUGACAUUAUCCUAAAGAAACAACCAGGAUUACUAUCAUUGUUUUGAAUGGAAGACCAUUCAGAAAGGUUGAGUCCUUGUUCUGGCUAUAAAUUAUGUGAGUCAAUUGAGAAUUGUAUAUACACCCACAUUCAGUAGAUAGUUUGGGAAAUAACAUGUGAAAUGUGAUUUCCCAUGAGGGACACGGGGACAAUGAAUUGUAAUAUGUGCACUAGAAGAAUUUAAGUGGUUUUUGUAAAGGUCUUCCAUCAGACACUACAAAUUGAAAAAACUACUCAUGGUAUUUUAAAUUGCUAUAAAUAAAUGCCUUUAAGAAAUACAGAACCCAUUGUUUAUUGCCAUGCAAUUACAAUCCCGAAUGAGUGGUUUUUUAAAUAAAAUUUAGGAAAAAAUAUGUAAUAAAGAUGUGAAUUAAAAUGAAAAUGUGCAUUAACUGUGACUUGUACUAAAUAACGAUUAUCCAGUGAAGCAAAUUUACUCAAGACCAUCUGGUGUGUGCCAUGUCUGGCCACAGUGCUGGGAAAGCCCUGGGCAGUGCCAGCCCCCCAUGGCUUUGUGUAAACAUUCUUGAUGUUCCACAGCUCUUGGCAAAUGCAGUCUCAUCCAUAUGCAACCCAUGAUGGAUGCUGCUACAGGAAAUGCAGGAUUAAAAUCGUCCUUGUGUAUACCUGUGUGAAUCUUUUUUCUUUCACCUGAAAUUUAAAAUACAGCAUAAUCUCCAAAU